GUGCGAGGCGAGGCGCGCAGUCUGCGCCGGAAUGGGCGACUGGAAAGGCUACAUCAGUGCGGUGCUGCGGGACCAGCGCAUCGACGACGUGGCCAUCGUGGGGCACUCAGACAAUCGCUGCGUGUGGGCAUCGCGGCCCGGGGGCCUGCUGGCGGCCAUCUCACCGCAGGAGGUGGGCGUGCUCACGGGGCCGGACCGGCGCACCUUCCUGCAGGCGGGCCUGAGCGUGGCGGGCCGCCGCUGCUGCGUCAUCCGAGACCACCUGCUGGCCGAGGGCGACGGCGUGCUGGACGCGCGCACCAAGGGGCUGGACGGGCGCGCCGUCUGCGUGGGCCACACGCCGCGGACGCUCCUGGUGCUCAUGGGCCGGCGGGGCGCGCACGGGGGCUUCCUCAACAGGACGAUGCACCAGCUGAUCCAAGGUCUGCGCGCGCAGGGCACCUAGCAAGCGGGACCGCCAGCCAGCGCCAAAAUAAAGUCUGACCUGGG